UGUGUUGUCAGAAGCACAUUGCUGGCUUUCUUUUAUUCUUUUUUUGACUAUUUUUAUUGCAACUCAUUCAAAAAGUCUUGAUUUAUGCGUGAUCUGUUGCUUAUUACUUGAAAAUCUUUUCAGUUCUUUGCAUUAUGAUAUAUCUGAAUGAAAUAUCAUUCUUACUUGUUAUAUAUACCAUGCAUAUUUAAAACCGCAAAUUAUUUGUUUUAACAUUUUGAACCAUCACGUGAACGUAAAAUCUAAAAAUAUUGUGAAUGAAUGUGAGCUGAUUAAUGCACAUUGAAUCCUUUUAUCAUGGAGAAAGAAUCAGAAAAUAAAAGCUCAUUAAGGCCUAGUUCUGAAGAGUCGGAACAAGGAAACAGUCAAGGUUUUGAGGCGAAAGAAGAGACAGAGCCAUUGCGAAUUCUUCAACUUUCACAGUCCUUUUUUGUUGCAGAUACUGCUGAAGAUGAUGAGUCUAUGAUGAUCCCACCUACUCAAGAAAUGUUUAUACCAAGCACCCCUCCUCGCACAGAAACCAGUGAUAAAGAGGGAAAUGUAUCCAAUGGAAAUAAUGAUACGACCUUAUCUAAUUUGGAUGAAACACAGAUUGAAGAUAUUCCCAAAGAUCCUAAACAAGAUGAAGAGGACUUUAUGGAAUUUGGUAGUCAAAAUGACAUGACUCAAGAUAUUUCUGGCUUGGUUGAAACUCAGCAAAUACUGUCAAGUAGAUCUGAGCCUUUGAAAGAUGAUGAUAAAGGAUCUGAUGAUGAAGAUGACUGGCAGUUGAGAUUUAGUGAAACUCAGGAAACUCAAGAAUUGCUCAGUAUUGCAAAAAUGAGGGAAAUGAAAGAGCAAGAAGAAGCACAUCUGUCUACAAUUUCGGAAGAAAAAGAUGAUAUUUCACCUAAAAAGAAGAUAAGUCCUGAAAAAGAAGAAGACAUAGCCAAACUAGAAAGCAAAAAACCCGUGGACAUCUCAGAUGUUAAGAAAGUUGAAGAGGAAGAUGAAAGUGAAAAUGAAAUUGAACCUAGUCAAUCUUGUUUAAAUGAUGAGACAUACUCAGCUUUUCGUGAUCAGCUCACUCAGAUUGCACAAGAAGCCCAAACUGCGCAUAGUACUCCAGACUGUACAUUUAAUGGAGGUCAAACAACUUUAAAAUUUGACUCUAAAGCUUUACCAGUACCUUCACCUAUAGGUAAAAAACCUGAAUCUAAUCAGACAGUGGUAUCAGAACCAUUCGUAUCAGAAUCUGAACAAACUGCGGAGAUUUUGAGCUCAGAUAGCAAAUUACUUUCAACUUCCGAGAAAGAAGAUUCUAAAAAGGAAAGUGUUCCUAUUCUCGUUUUAGAUACUGAACCAGAACAAUUACCAGAAAUUUCAGGUGAUACUCCUGAAAUGGUUAAAGAUGAUGACAAGAGUAUGAAAGAAACCACUGUUGUGUGUGAUACUAUAGAAUUAAUGUCUUCUGUUGAUGAUACAGCGAGUGAGGAUACAAAGCAGAAAGUUUCUUUGGACUUAGAAAAACCAGUUGAAGAAACAGCUGAAAAAGUCACUGAGUAUGAAGAAGAAUCAGAAAGCAAUGUUGUAAAAGAUUUAGGCACUGUUGAAUUCAUUGCUGAAACAGAUAAGGAAGACAUGAAAGUUUCUGUAUCCAAUGUCCCAUUUGCUGAAGAACAAGGUGCAAGUGGGAUAUCAUCUGGUGAAAAUGGUGCUGAAGAAAAGAAAAAUGUUGAGAUCUCAGAUAGUCUCCCAGAAACAUUGCCUUCGGCCAUGCUACCUCCAUUAACAACAUCAAUGCCAACAAAAUUUGAAACAACAAAAAAGAAUCCUCAGUUAGGUGUUCUUUAUGAGAAAUCUGAAAAGACUGCUAAAUGUUCCAUUGGAAGUUUUAAGGAUACCAAGUCAUUAGAAAAGAUAUUUAAUAAUACAUACGGCAUCUUUCUAGAUCAUGAGUGCAUGGAAGCUAUGCUUGCUCUAAAACCAAGCGAAGAAUUAAGAGUUAAGAAAGUUUUAGACUUCACUAUUAAGAAUAACAGAGUAUACCUUGAACAGUCUAUAGAGAUUGGCUCACCAAGUUACCAUCAUCGUCAUCAUGCUGUCUCUCCACAUUCAGGAAGCAGUUCCAACACCACCAGCUCUACUGUGUCCACCACCAAGUCUCUUCAUUCAGGGGAAAUGGCUGAUAUUAGCUCAUCUUCAUCAGCCAAAUCAGCCAAUUCCUCAUCUGUUAUGCAUUUUGACUCCACAGUGCAUUCUUCCAUUUCCUCUCAAGAACGAGGUCAGAUAACUUCCACCCAAAAGUCUGAACCUCCCAGCAAUUUUGGAAACAUGUUCAACCAGAAGAAAAGAAGUAGUUUGGAAAUGGAGGAAGAAAUUUCUCCUAUCAAGAAGCUGGAAGAGCCCAAAACUGGUCCUGGUCGAAAGAGGGGUGGGAGAAAACCUGCAACAGCAAAUAAUAAAACUCCUGCUCCUAAGCGUAAGCGAGGUAGGGCUGCAAAAAGUGGUGUUGAAGCAGGAUCAAGUACUACUUCAAGUGAACCUUCAAAUGCUAGUAAUGAUCUGGAAGAUUUUGUUGAUAGUAGAGCAAAAAAAUCAUUAAGGAGGAAAAAGAACGAAAAGGAAGAACCUCCACCUGAAGCAAUACCUGUACAAGAAAGUCCUGUGGAAGAAAUAGUAAUAUCUGAUGGUAAUGAUCCUUAUAAAGACUCCCCAUAUGGAAGCAUUCUGCCAGGUGUAAGAGUAAUGGCUCGUUGGAAAGAUGGAUAUUAUUAUCCAGGUAUUGUUCAAAGUCAAGAAUUAGAAGGAAGGUGGUCAGUAAGAUUUGAUGAUAAUGACAUCAGAGCUAUACCACAGGAAAAUCUAAUAAAGGUUUAUAAUCUGGAACUAAACACAAGUGUUUUAGUUAUGUCACUUGAUGGUUUUUAUGAUCCAGGUAUUAUUUGUGGACAUUAUAAAGAUUCUACUGGAUCUGGGUAUGAAGUAGAAUUAGACUCUGGAAUCACAAAAAGGUAUCCAAGAUCAGCAGUCAUCCUUUCAAAUGAUCAAGCAAAGCUUUUAACAAGUUCCAGACCCCCAACAACUCCUGCAACUAUGACAAUUAAUUUAGAUAAUAUCAUUGAUGGUAAGCGAAGGAGGAAGUCUGUACAGUCACCUGAGGUCAAUCCUAAUUUGAAAAAAUCACGGAGAACUUCACAAAGAAUCUCAAAAAUUGAUCCAAACUUGGAUAGUACAGAAGAAUCUGCUACUACAGAGAAAGAAAGGACUUCACAGAAGAGACCUGCAGAAAGCACAGAAACUGAAGGAGAAGUUCUUAUAGAACAGAGACCGACCAGAAAGCGAAAAGCUGCUAAAGUGGGUGCUGUUAAAAUUACACAAUCUUUGGCACAAAGCACUGGUAAAUAUCCAAAAUUGUUCAAAGAUCAUGCAUUCCUCCUGACCAAUGCGGAUCGCAAACCACCUGUUACAUCUGACACAGAAAAUUUAACAGAAGAUGAAGAAAUAAUGCCCUUUAAUAAAGACGAGCUUGUUGAUUACAUAUUAUCUAGAGGUGGUACUAUACUUGAUAAAUUUGAGGACAUUCAAAAAUGCUCAAAGAAAAAUAUCUUCUUAUUAGCAAAUACAUAUCUCAGAACGAUGAAAUAUAUAAAGUGUUUAGCUGCUGGAAUACAUUGUAUCAAGCACCAUUGGGUUCAAAAUUGUUGUUUUAAAGGAGAAAUUUUGAAUCAUUCAAGCUAUAUUCUUCCUGCUGGAAAAUCGGUGAUUACAAAUCUAGUUGUUGAAUGGCAUGGCAGAAGUGAUGUUUUUAAAGGAUUGAAAAUAUGUCUUGUCUCAGCACCUGAAAAUCCAUUUGUAUAUACUUGGGCUCCAGUUUUGCUGGCUGCUAAAGCAGACUUUGUUCAGAAAUGGACUCUUCCAUCAUCAAAAUCAGCCACAAGAAAUAAACUCAGAGGAAAAUCAGGUGGCAAUUUACAUGUGGAUGUUCUUGUUACAAAUGUAUGCUGCCCAUCAGAUAUUUUGCAAUCGGCAAAGCGAAGAAAAAUACCCAUGGUAUCAAGUGAAUGGAUUAUUCAGUCAUUAAUUGCGGGGAAAUGUUUACCAUAUGAUGCUCAUCCAAAAUUUAAGCACGAUUUCACUGAGUAAAACCAUUCCAUUUCAUUUGCCAAAUGAUACUCAUCCUUUACAUUUGAGUGUGUGGAUUUAAGAACUUUGCUUACAAUUGGGAUGCCCUCCCUCUUGUGAAUGCAAAGUUGAAUUGUACAGUUUGUAAAAUCCAUUUGAUCAUUUCCAUUUUUUAAUGAAUGCUGAGAGAGAGUGGUACAUUGUCAGUGUUAUUGCAUUGUGCUUUUUCUGUUUUAUGUCUCCCCAGUGUUGCAUAUGUAAACUUUUAAGUCGCAUAGGGAGACCAUAGUCUGUAAUCUCAUAAAUGAAAUUGUUUUACGUUGCUUUGUAUUUUUUAAAAUUUUAUUUGGAAUUGACCGAUUAUUUGAUUUAAAAAAAUUAACAAUUUUAUGUUAAAUUUUAAAGUCCUGAUCAUGGAAACAUUACCAAUUUAAAAUGACUGUUUUGUGACUCAUCAGGUCUAAAUUUAUAAAUUAUCUUAUUAUUAAUGAACUAUUAUUAAUAUUAUUUAUAGAUAAUUUUAAAAGAUGGCAUUUAAGUAUGCCAAAUUUCGCUUAACUGUACAUAAUUAGCAUUAUUCUCAAUCCAAGUUGUGUUUGUAAAUUCCCUUUAUCAUUCCAUUUUUUACAGUUAUCAUGGAUUUGUAAAAAGUGUUGAUUAUUGUUAAAUGAUGCAUUAGAACUGGUAUCUUGUUAUUAUUAAAAAUAAGUUACUUAUUUCAUAGUUGGGGUCAUAUCUGAAGAAUCUUUAUGUUUUAUCUUAAAUGAAAUUAAAUUGUUCUAUUUUAAUGUUUAUUACUGUUUCUAUUAUAUAUUACUGUUCUAUGUGAAAGGCAUGGUUGAAAUAUUCAAAUGUACAAGUAAAGAUUUUGGUGCUUCAAAAAUAUAAUUUAUUCUAACAUGAACUUUUGAUUACAAUUACACAGUUAUCCUUUUGUACAUGAACAAGGUUUUUGAAAUUCCAUGAAAAUCCAGAUAUGUUAGUAAAAAAUUUUUAAAUAUUAAAUCCUAUUUCGCAGUUUUGCACAUAUACGCUUCUUUUGGUCACUUAACAUGUACUUUUUACUGAAAUACGAUACCUACGAAAAUUAAUUAGAAAUUUAUUCUUACCAACUUUUUGACUAAAUGUUAUGGCUAUUUGUGGUCAUUGUAAAAAAUUUAUCAAUGGGGAUUUUUUUAAAAAUUACUUUGCAUCUGAGAGUCAUUUGGGUCUAAAAUGUGCUCUUUCAGAAUUAAUUGUGUAUAUUUACUAAAUAUAAUUCCAACUUGAAACAUUUUCUUAGGAGAUUUGGAUUAGAGAUGGAUGAAUGUCACUUACAUUUAGUUUUAUCUUAGCCUUGUAUGUGGAAUCUUCUCUGGUGAAUUAAUAAUUUUGGGGAAAAAAUAUUUGCAAAAGUGUAAUAAAAAGCAGACCUCUUGUAUGCUCUAAAGUUUUUCUCAUAUGCUGUUUGAUAGAUAUAUAAAUGAGAGUAUACUUACUGCUUGAAUAUUCAGAUUUACGGAGCACUCACUUAAAAUUCUGAUUUCAGUAUGUUUGCUUUUCAAUAAUUUUUCAAAUAAGAGCUUCUUAACUUUUUCUGCUCCUGAUCUUCACACAAACAAAUUGUUGCAAACCAAAAGUUGAGCUAUAGAUAACAAGAUAGGGUGGUGGGGGACUAAAUUAUAAAUUAAAAAAUUCUAAUUAUGAAUUCCAAUUUAAGACAUUUAUUGAAAUCUGAUUUUUAGAAUAAUCUGUGCUUCCAAAUAAGUAAAAAUUAAAAGAAAUAGGAAUCUGUCUUUGGGUUAUUAUUAUAAUAGUUGGAAGGAGCCCUGUUUGAAAUUGAAACUACAGAAAUUAUCUAUAAUAAUUCAGAAAUAGCAAGCAGUGCUUUUGCUCAUGGACUGCUGCUGAUAUGGAAUAAUGUUCUGUAAAAAAUAUAAUACAUGAUUUGCAUAAUAUCAUGAAUUACGAAACUAAUUUAAAAUUUUAUAUAAUUUUCAUGAUAAUUUUAAGCUGUGUGAACUUUUAAUUAUCUACAACUUUGAACUGAAAUGAAUUAUUGCAGAUAGUACA